GCGGGGGCGGCCCCGGCACCGCGGUCAGGUGGCACCGCCGAGACGGAGCCGGCCGAGCACGAUAAAAGUCCCGGCCCGCCGCCGCCGCCACGGCCGCGAGGGAGCGCGGAGCCGCCGCCCGGAGCCAUGGUCAGCACUGGACACACUCUGUGAGCCAUCCCAUCAGCACCCCGCGACAUCCCGGUACCAACCCCUGAUUUGGAGCAGGACAGGCUGUGACCAAGCUGACUAAGCAGAGGAAGCUCUCGCUGUCCUACCACCACCACCAGGCCAGACAAUCCUUCCCUUGGCUGAAGAUCCCGUUGAACCUCUUCCCAUAAUGGAAGCGUGAGUGCCAAGAUCCUCCAUGACCUCCAGAAGCCACAACUCCUUACCGAGAACUCUGAUGGCUCCACGAAUGCUUUCCGAAGGUGCCCUGGGGGGCAUCGCCCAAAUCACCCCCUCGCUGUACCUGAGCCGGGGCAGCGUCGCCUCCAACCGGCACCUGCUGCUCUCCCGGGGCAUCACCUGCAUCAUCAACGCCACCAUCGAGAUCCCCAACUUCAACUGGCCCCAGUUUGAAUACGUCAAAGUGCCUUUGGCUGACAUGCCCAACGCCCCCAUCUCCCUGUACUUCGACAGCGUGGCCGACAAGAUCAACAGCGUGGCGCGGAAACACGGGGCCACGCUGGUGCACUGCGCCGCCGGCGUCAGCAGGUCGGCCACGCUCUGCAUCGCCUUCCUCAUGAAGUACCACAAGGUCUCCCUCUUCGAGGCCUACAACUGGGUCAAGUCCCGGCGCCCCGUCAUACGGCCCAACGUGGGCUUCUGGAGGCAGCUGAUAGACUACGAGAGGAAGCUCUUCGGGAAGACGACGGUUAAAAUGGUACAGACGCCCUACGGCAUCAUCCCAGACGUUUAUGAGAGAGAGAGGAGACCCCUGAUGCCUUACUGGGGAAUUUAAUGGGACUGCAAACAGGAAGCACAACAGAAGGGACGCGCUAUUCUGAGACAACCAGACUGGAGACAUUCCCUUCUUCUUCUACAGCCAACUUUGAUUCUUUACCAUACAGCAGAACCUCAAUUCUCACCUCACUAACCUGCAAGGCCAACGAUUCCCUUCAAAGCAUUUCUCUCUAUGGGGAUUUCCCAUCUGCAUCUCUCUCAUUUAGCAGAACCAGGUCUCCUUAUGAGUUUACUCCUUCCAUAAAGCCUCCCUCCUUUUUUAGUCAGUUUAUUAGGGUCCUCCAAAGAAAGGCCUAAGAGGCAUUUGGCAGAGUUGAUGAGCCAAGUGCGCUUUGUGACGCGGUAGUAGCCUGGAUAUUUUGUUAUAGCUUGUUUGCUUCCCUGCAAAACCCUGUAGUGGCUCGGGAGCAGCACUAGCACAGAGUGAACAAGGCCCUGCUCCAUGGCAGCGGGUUUUCCAAGCACCAGGAAGGCUGGAAUACAGGGCUGUGGUGCUAGUGCUGGUGUUUUCUUUAACAUCCAUAGUGACUCUCAGUAUAUAGUGUUUGAGAUCUUUAGUCAGCUCUUAAUCGUAUUCAAAGUUAGAAAAAAAAAAAAAGAAAAAAAAAGUGAAUCAGUCCGUGUCAGCCACAAGGAAAAUAAAAUUUGAACGAUUCAAAUCAAAUAAAUACAAGAUCCUUUUUAACUCAUUCCACGCCAGGG